CCCCGAAUAAAAUGACGUGUAAACAUCCAAUAGACCUAACCUCAAUUCCGCAAAUAUCACGAAUUGACUCAAGUUGGCUGUCAAUUUUGGACAUAGUCCGGCGACGAGUCCAAAGUUUGUAGUUUGGCUGGUAUCGGGGUUUUAAAGGUGCCAGAGUUCGCUGGGAAAAGUUAGAAUCUGUUGAGUUAUUGGUGGUUUGAAUAAUGUGUGAGGUUUAGCCGGAGGAAUUCAUAGUAUCACCUUCGCAAUUGGAAGUCAAGAGUAGUUACAGGGAAAAUGAAGUCAAUGAGGAAGAUGUCGAAGACCAAUUGGGAGGUCCUGGACACUCCGGAGAGUAUGGCAAUGGCGGCAUCUAAAUACAACUUAAUCGGUGUGAUAGACUGCGGGACAAAUACAGUCGGAUUUUCGGUUUACCAAACACCAGAAUUCACAGAACUAUGUUCCCACAAAAUGGAGAUUAUUCAAAUAACCCCACAAGAUGGUUGGUGCGAACAGAAUCCACUUGAAAUAAUGACAAAUAUACGAAUAUGCGCAGAGGAAGCAUGUAAAAAAUUGGAAAAACUCGGAUAUAAAUUAAGUGAAAUUGCAACAAUAGGAAUCACCAAUCAACGAGAAACAACAAUUGUGUGGGACAAACUGACCGGCGAGCCCCUAUAUAAUGCCAUAUUGUGGAGUGAUAUUAGGACUGAUAUUACAGUAGAUCGAAUCCUGGCUAAACUUCCAGACCAGAAUAAAAAUCAUUUUAAAGAUAUUUCGGGUUUGCCUAUUUCACCAUAUUCUUCGGCUUUGAAAUUACGAUGGCUUAAAGAUAAUAUUCCAGCGGUGAGAAAGGCGUGUAGAGAUCGGAGAUGCUAUGCAGGGACUGUAGAUACAUGGAUAAUUUGGAAUUUAACAGGAGCCGUGGACGGUGGAUUGCAUAUAACGGACGUAACAAAUGCCUCCCGAACUUUACUUAUGAAUAUUGACACAUUACAUUGGGAUCCGGUUUUAACGAGAGCGUUUUCAAUCCAUCCGAAUAUGCUCCCUCAAAUACGAAGUUCUUCGGAAAUUUAUGGGAAGGUGAAAGACGGAAGUGUACUUAACGGAAUCUAUAUUAGUGGUAUUUUAGGUAACCAACAGGCCUCUCUUCUAGGACAAAUGUGUUUCAAACCCGGUCAAGCAAAAAACACUUAUCGAUCAGGAUGUUUCCUUCUUUGUAAUACAGGAGAGCAGCCGGUCCUAUCUUCGCAUGGUCUAGUGACUACUGUAGCCUAUAAGCUUGGUAAAGACAGUCCGACAAUUUACGCCCUAGAAGGAGCUGUUGCUGUUGGUGGAUCAGCUUUGAAAUGGUUGAAAAAUAGUUUAGGCUUGUUAAAGAGCGAGGACGAAGUUGAAGACCUUUCAAAUGCUGUCCAUUCAACAGGAGACGUUUACUUUGUACCAGCGUUCACUGGACUUUAUGCACCAUAUUGGCGGAAAGAUGCAAGAGGAACAAUUUGUGGCCUUACACAAUUUACAAAUAAGAAUCAUUUAAUUCGAGCAACCCUUGAAGCUAUUUGUUUUCAAACACGUGACAUUAUUGAAUGUAUGAAUCAAGACUGUGGAUUUACGUUGAACAAAUUGCAUGCCGAUGGGAUUUUAUCAGCGAAUAAAUUAUUAAUGCAAUUGCAAGCUGAUAUUACAGGAAUUCCAGUUUUACGUUCCCAAAUGGAGGAUACGACUGCUUUGGGUAUUGCUAUGUGUGCGGCACAUGCUGAGGGGAUAAAUUCCUGUGAACUGUUACCAGAAAAAAGAUAUUAUGAAAACGCUAGAUAUGACACCUACCUACCAACUUCAACGCAUUCGGAGCGUGAAAUUCGUUACACAAAAUGGAAGAAAGCCGUGCAAAGAAGUCUUGGCUGGGCCAUAACAACCAAGAGCGCUGCAAUGACAGACGAACGAUAUCGCAUGCUAGCAUCUAUACCAGCUUCAAUAUUCCUAAUUUCUUCUUUCACAUUAUUGAUAUUUGGGCAGAAACUUCUGCAAAGUAAUUAGUCAAGAAAUUAGGUCAAAAAUUGGCUAAGAUUUUUGCGAUCGUGUCUUCCUUCUGAUUGAGAUGAGAGAAAAUUCCAAAUAAUUUUUCCGUCUAAUUCUAUUGAAGAUAAGAGGUCGAUAAGACUAGGAUAUAAAUAGUUAUUGAACUUUCAUUCAAAUUAGACCACACAGUUGCCCUAUUUGACCCAAAUCUUUUAAUUUAGCUUGCCAUGAGGGUGUUAACUUCUGUAAGACAAAUUGUAUCUUUGCUUGGCGUUGAAAUCUGAUAUCAUGAGUUGUACAAAUGAAAAAUCAACUUAGUCUUAAGGAGAAAAUAAUAAAUAAAAGAAAAGUGUUAAAAAAACGGUCUAGCAAACAGUUUAACUGUGUUGAGUACGCUUAUUACAUGCCUGAAGCUUAGUUUUACAUAUAUACGUAAUUGCAGUUCUUUGUUGUUGUUUAAUGACGAUUACAUUCUUCCAAUAAAAUUUAAGUUGUAUUGAUGUCUACGUGUAUACAUUUUGCAUGAGAAAUUGGUUAUAAUUUUCUCGUUUGAUGAUGUUUAUAAUUAUUUGAGUGACCACAAUACGUAGACUGACAUGAUUUUUGACGACUUAUUUUCAUGUGAUUAGAAUAAAUAUUAGAAUCUAUUGAAAGAUUCAAUUAGUACUUACUGUUAUCUGUAUAUGGUGGAAGAGGAUUAAGUGAAACUUGUUGAAAGAAUAAUAAAAAUGUAAAAUGUUAAAAA